GGCCCACGAGACCUCGAAUCGAGCCCCCCGCCGUAUAAAACCCGCCGGCCUCUCUCGCCUUCUUCGCCCUGCCCUCCUCAUCUCAUCACCACCGCAGAAGCGAGCCGCGCUCAUCUCGUCGGAUCGCCUCCGACGCUUGAGACCGUGUGACCAAACAAACAAAGAGGAUGGAGUCGACACUACUACCCGAUGACUUGCUGGCCAACGUCCUGGGCCGCCUCCCGCCGUGCAGCCUGGCCGCGUCGCGCUGCGUCUGCAAGGGCUGGCUCGCCGUCGUCGACGACCGGCGCCUGCUCCUCCCUCGCCGCCUCGACGGCUUCUUCUUCAGUGGCCUGCUCGUCCAAAGCGAGCACAACUUCUUCUCGCCACCCUCCGUGGCGCGGCGGGUCGGCGGCGGCAACCUCGACUUCCUCGACACCUCGGACCCCUCGCACGACGACCUCCGGAUCCUGGACCACUGCAACGGCCUGCUCCUGUUCAACGAGCGGGUGGCCAACCCGGCCACGCGCCAAUGGAUGGACAUCCCUGCCCCGCCGCCGUCGCCAUGCUGCCGGACUACGGGCUUGGGCACAAGCGAUUGCCUCGUGUACGAUCCCAUGGUGUCGCCUCACCACUUCGAGGUAUUCUCCGUCCCCCUGAUCCCCGACAGCGUCUUCCACGAAAGCAAGAAACUGGAUCCCCACGGCGACGACGCCAAGAAGUUCGUCGAGGAGUCGUCGGGGUGGCCGCUCUCGUCGUCGUCGUCGUGCACGACGCACGUCUUCUCCUCGAGGAAGUGGAGGUGGGAGGAGAGGUCAUUUGUCCGCCGCCAACAAACUGCUGGACAACCUAUUGCCGAUGAGGAGACCAUUGCUGACCUGGACUUCUGGCCCAACCAGUUCCAACGCCAUGCCAUUUAUUUGAAGGGAGCAAUUUAUGUGCAUUGCAAAAAUAAUUCUCUCAUGAGAAUAGCCCUAUCGAAUGACACGUAUCAGAUGAUCAGAUCGCCAGCGAGGAGCAAAAUUGCUGAUGAUGACAAGGGUGCUUUUCACUUGGGAAAAUCGGAGAAAGGAGUCUACUUUGCGUUGCUUUGGGAUGACAAUAAUUUGCCGCGAUUUCGAGUCUGGUUACUCAAUGAAUCAUCAUCACCAUCAUGCGGUGGCCACAUGGAGUGGGUGUUGAAGACUAAUAUCAGCCUUGAAGCAGUUAUAGAUAAUUCAAAAAUUACCAAUGAUGAUAGUUUUAGAACACCAUGGAUCGUUAACUAUGUGACCGAUGAAGCAAGACGCCGGUUACAAGAAGAUGAGAAUCUCGAUUGGGACUACGAAAAUGGCACCAUCCUUGGAAGCAAAAAUAAGAAGAACAGAAUAUGGUUUGAUAAUAUAGUGUUCUUCCUUGGGUUUCAUCCUUACAAACAGAUUGCUUUCUUUUGGGUCCACUGUUCAAGAGCAGUAUCUUAUCAUUUGAAUACAUCAAAGGUUCAAGAGCUGGGUGCCCUAUCUCACGUAGUUGAUAUAACACAGUCAUUUCCAUACACACCAUGCUGGAUCAAGUUAUUCGAAAACAAUAGUUAGAUAGUGUACUUUAUCAAAGGUUAGCAUAUACAUGCACACAUUUAAAUGUGUUCCCUUUUACUCCCUAUGUUUCAUAUGCUAUGCAGGCCUAGACUCAUCUAUAUAGAUCAAUAAAUUAUAUAUAUUUACACACACACUAGCAAAAUACCCGUCCGUUGCAACGGGCUUUAACAAUAUAAUUUUAUUUUAUUUUUGGAAAUG